AUGGUGAAUCCGAGUAAAAGACGUAGGGGUAAAAAUGCAAAACCUAUUGAAUAUCCUGACCUCGAAUCUUCUUCUGCUCCAAUUGCUCACGACCUGACACGACCAGUACCUGAGCCACCAAAAAAAUUAUCGCAGAAAAGUAGCUCAUCUUUUAGUUCUUAUAAAAGUAAUUCCGAUAAGGAGUUUUUGCCUACACCUGAACAACCAAAACACUAUCUCAUUACUUCAGAAGAUUUUAACGAUCUAAUUAGAGAUUUAAAUUUGCCAAAAAAUAAAGCAGAGCUUCUAGGCUCUCGGUUAAAACAGUGGAAUUUGCUUGAUGAUGUUAAGAUCACGGAUCAGCGGACUAGGCAUGAAAUGUUUGCAACGUUUUUCACGAAGGAAGAUGGACUUUGUUUUUGUAAUGACAUUAAAGGAAAUAAUAAAGCUGAAAACUACGAAAAGUUGGUUGAGGAUAUGCUUACAAAUUUUAAGGCCAUGGGCUGCAGGAUGUCAUUAAAAGUACAUAUGCUGCAUGCUCAUUUGGAUAAAUUUAAAAACAAUAUGGGAGCCUAUUCCGAAGAGCAAGGAGAACGUUUUCAUCAGGACAUCAUGAAUUUUGAACAACGCUAUCAAGGCCAAUACAAUGAAAACAUGAUGGGCGACUAUAUUUGGGGUUUAUUGAGAGAAAGUAGCUAUGAACAUAAAAGAAAAAGUAAAAGUGUGCACUUUUAAAUAUUUUCCACUUUUCUGUAAGCUAAUUUGAUAGUAAAACUUAAUAAAAAUAAUAAACAUUUUUA